CCCUGCGCGCCGUUCCAUUCAUCGCAAGGAGGAAAGCAGCAAGUACGUGCAGUCACCAGACCUGCUCAGUGUCCCUCUAUUUGGACUUAGACCCCCCGAAGCAGGAAACUCGAUGGGCACCGAGCAAUUAAACAGGGAUUCCACCCUAUUAUGACGUCAGGGGCGUUGUAGCCCCUCCCGCCCUCUAUAAAAGCAGCCCGCGUACCGCAAUCGGCUCAGCAGUUCGGUGGAUAGUUCCAUGGUGCUGAAACUCCUUUUGCCGUUUUUUGCCGGAGCUCCGCGUUGCUUGGGAUCUUUGCUCCGGUCAUGUUUGCCGCGGUCCGCUGCAGCUUCGUGUUGGUCUCCCUUUUCUACUUAAAAGGAUGCGCCCAGAAUUUUGGACAGACUCGGUUUAUCUGCACCUCGGUGCCGGUGGAUAUGGACAUGUGUACCUCUUCUAUGCAGAGCGGCGGUAGCACCGAGGAUAUGAAGACCACAGUGCUACAGCUCCGGGAAACGGUGCUCCAGCAGAAAGAGACCAUUAUGAAUCAGAAAGAAACCAUUAGGGAACUGACCACGAAACUGGGCAGGUGUGAGAGCCAAAGCACUCUAGAAGGAGGCCCUGGUGAAUCUAAAACGGGUGGGGGCUCCAACAGAAAGCAGACCGGCUCUUCCAAAAACACGAUGGGAGAUCUCUCCCGGACUCCAGCUGCUGAAACACUGAGCCAACUUGGGCAAACUUUGCAAUCGCUCAAAAUAAGGCUAGAAAACUUGGAGCAAUUCAGUAGGAUGAAUUCUUCGAGCCAAACCAAUUCCCUGAAGGAUAUACUUCAGAACAACAUUGAUGAUUUAGAAAAGCAAGUGCUCUCUCGAAUUAACAGCCUGGAAGAAGGAAAGUACAACUCCAAGAAUGAGUCUGAAGAAAGAGGGAAAAUAGAAAGCACCUUAACUUCCCUUCACCAAAGGAUCACUGACUUAGAGAAAGGUCAGAAAGAUAAUAGGCCAACAGAUAAAUUUCAGCUGACCUUCCCUUUGAGAACCAAUUACAUGUACGCAAAAGUGAAGAAAAGCUUGCCAGAGAUGUAUGCAUUUACAAUUUGUAUGUGGAUAAAAUCAAAUGCCUCUCCAGGUGUAGGCACACCUUUCUCUUAUGCAGUACCUGGACAAGCCAAUGAAUUGGUACUUAUUGAAUGGGGUAAUAAUCCUAUGGAGAUCCUUAUCAAUGACAAGGUAGCAAAGCUUCCUUUUGUCAUUAAUGAUGGGAAAUGGCACCAUAUCUGCAUUGCAUGGACAACCCGGGAUGGUGUCUGGGAAGCUUAUCAGGAUGGCACCCAACGAGGCAAUGGGGAAAACCUGGCCCCUUAUCACCCGAUAAAACCCCAAGGGGUCCUAGUGUUGGGGCAGGAACAGGAUACACUUGGUGGUGGAUUUGAUGCCACCCAGGCAUUUGUGGGAGAACUGGCCCACUUCAACAUCUGGGACCGAAAGCUCACCCCAGGGGAGGUCUACAACUUGGCUACUUGCAGCACCAAAGCCCUGCCUGGUAGUGUCAUAGCCUGGUCUGAGACUAACAUUGAUAUUUAUGGUGGAGCCACCAAAUGGACAUUUGAAGCCUGCCGUCAGAUCAACUAAAUCUGCCAUUCCUUCCCCAUCCCUCUCCCAGAUCCACUCAACCCUGGGUGAACAGACAUUCUUCUCAUCCAGGAAUGUUUUACAGACAACUUGCCUUCCUUUUUUUUUUCUGUCACUUUCGAAAAUCAUAUUACUUGUCCUGAAGAACCAGUAUUUUAUUGUGGUGGGUGGGGGAGGGAAGACUAGGAAUCUAGGAAAUGUAAAUGGAAUUUCUUGAUACCAUUUUAAGAUCACCGGGAACUUUGCAAACUGGCCAAAAAAAAAAAAAAACCAACCAAGAAGGUUCCUAGCUUUCCUCCCACUGCUUUAUGACGUCACGAGAUGAAUGGUCUGAUUUUUCUGGCUUGCCAACUUCGUUUGAAGCCUGAGUGCCUUUGGGCUGGUGCAACUCUUUCAGCACAUCUGUCUUCAUUUGCAUAUACUUUUAAAAGGUUAUCUCUAUAUAUUCCUACUCUACUCGAUGUCUUUUAAGCAGCCAUUCUCCUCUAGGCAGGUAUUGAUUGAUUGAUUUUUUUUUUUAAAUUGUAUUUACAAUUAGUUUUCCGAGUUAACGGGAUGGCAAAAGCUUUUGAAUGGUGCAUAAGGAGGCUGAAUAAGGAGAAGAGGUGAGGGAAAUGGUUUCUUUUCUUAAAUGGAUCAGGUCCUCUACUGUCCCUCACUGGUGGUGUUCACUACUGGUUAUAGCCAGAAUAGGAUGGAGCCAUCUUUGCCCCUUCAAACGUACAGGUAAGACUCGGGAGAAUUGCCAAGCUGAGGAUCCUGGAUGGCUUGUCCAGGUCUGGGAUAAUAUGUAGGAGCAGCUGUUGCUUAUCCAUGCCGGUGCAGCUGUAAAACAGCCUGUUUUCCUACACUGCCUUUAUUUUGCUUAGAGCCUAAAGGAUCUGCCUCUGUUAGCCAUCAAGCUUAUGUGAAGUCUAGAGAGAGCCAUCGUCCCAGAGACAUUAACUACUGUUUCUUCCAAAGCUCUGUGGCCUGAAGAUGGCAGUGAAUUCCCAAACCCCUUCCAGGGUUGACCUUCCCUUCUCAAUUUCAUAGCCAACUCUUCCCCUCCAAAAACAAUGCAUCUUGGACGUCUAAUGGAAGACUUGACUGAGAAAUGGGAUCAUUUUCCCACCCCUUUGAGACAUUCCACCCCCUUGCUUAACCUCCUUUACUCUAAGAGCCAUAAACCUGAAGGGCUUGUUGUGGGGUGGGGGGAGGAGGGAGGGAGGGACGGGGAGGAACAGGAGUCAGAUCCAAAGUAUGUGAUUACCUUCUGACUUCCAUGGCCAUAUUUGGGAACUGAGAAUUUUGUUUUUAUCAGUAUAAAUGGGGCAUCAUUGCAGGGGGCAGGAUUGCCUAGUACAAUGAGCCUUGCUUGGACUUUUCCCUAAAGGGCCCUGUGUCAGAUGCUGUGUUAAUUUGUUCAAAGGGUUUCCUUUUUGAGAGGUGAAAGGGAACGGUGGGAAGGACCCAUUUCAGCCAAUAGAGCUAAGAAGCCAAGCAAAGGGCUUGUCUUGGUUUUGCUCCAUAAACCCAGAGGAUGGAGGAAGGAAUGGCUGUGUAGCCAUUUCAUGAAUCUGUUUGGAACUAACCCUGUGCUGUACUUUUGAAGCAUACAAGGAAUCCUGGCCUGAAUGUAAGAGUAGAUUCUUCGCAAACCUUUGUGAAAGAUGACAAAGUGCAUUUCUGUUGUAAAAUCCACAGUAUUAAGGGUAUCUUGAAAAGGACCUAAGACUAGGAAGGCAUCUUGGUUGUCUUCUCAGUGGGGAUUGUGCUUUGUUUAGACAAAGGAACCUACUUCCCCUGCGUGCACGCACACACAUCUUCAGUGGCAACUAGUUGCAAUUCAAUGGUGUUCCUUGCUUUGGUUCCCGUUUACGGUACUCUUAGAUUUCCGCAGGCUUCUAGGGAGACAAGGGGUGCACUGCCAUUUCUUGCAUGUUUCAGUAGGAGCAUCAAUUGUGUUUCCUUGAUCUAAUGCUUGCCUCCUUGCAUGGGCUACUGCAGAGCUGUGGGGGCGUUUGCCAAGCAAUAGUUCAUGCUUUAAAAACAAAUCAUUCAAGCACAUUAGUAGAGGUCAGGUGUGGCUGGAGAAAAGGCAGUUAUUCAUGCCGUGUUCUUCCCCCUGAUAAAAGCAUGACCUUAAAAAAAAAACCACAGAAAACCUACCACCUAAAAGACGAGCAAUGAACUUGUUAACAUUCAAAUCAAUGGGGACUGUUUCUUUCAAGCAUGCUCUUAUCCCCAAAUGUUUUGGGAUGUUAGCAUUCUCCAUUCAGCACGGGAGUGAUUCCAAGCAGGUACUGUUUAUGCCUUUCUGCUAUUCAAUGAACAUUGUGCUUUUGGAGCAGACUAACUGAUAUCUGCCGAAGUGCAUGUCCUUGGGGUUGUCCCUUUAGCGCAGUGGUUCUCAACCUGUGGGUCGCGACCCCUUUGGGGGUCGAACGACCCUUUCACAGGGGUCGCCUAAGACCAUCGGAAAACACAUAUUUUCAAUGGUUUUAGGAAUAAUUUUAUGGUUGGGGGUCACCACAACAUGAGGAACUGUAUUAAAGGGUCGCGGCAUUAGGAAGGUUGAGAACCACUGCUUUAGCGUCACUUUGGGGUGGCCUCUUCCAUGCCAGGUUUCCCGGGAAAGAGACGUUCAGCAUCAACGUUGCUUUCCUGGACAUGGACUAGAUAGCAGACCCGCCCUGCCCCAAACCAAGGCUACUACUGCCUAAUACAAUUGAUGUUCCCUCUUGCACUGAAUAAUUCAUGCCUCUCUCAGGUGAUGUCCUUUUAUACAAGCAAAAUGAGCACUAAAAAAGCAGCACGCGUGUUUGCCUGAAAAUAUUGUCUUGACAAUUUCACCACAUUCCUAGGGAGGGUUUUCGCUGGCAAAAACGCCGCCAUGGUUUUGCGCGGAGGGACCCCCGUAUGAGGUGUCCUCUAUUUAGGCAGUCAGUGAAUCCACCUCCUUCUGCCAUUUGAUUCCAAACAUGCAUAAUUAAAAGUCAGUCCUAUUUGCAUCUAAGGAGCCUACUUGCAAAGAAGGCUUAAAGUCACAGAUUAAGUGUGAGAUUAGUUGAGAUAUCGUUUCACCUUCCCUUGAAAGUUUAUCUAUUGUUCGAUAUGUCCAGGCUUUCUGUUUAAACACACACUCACACGCACUCAUGAUCUCUUGUAUAAAAAAAAUAAAAUAAAAAAGAAGUUUACUUAUCAAGAAAAGGGUAUUUUUAUUAGAAAAGAGUAUAUUGAAAAUAAACGGGUAUUCCCUCGAAAAAUACUUUUAAACUACAGAGGAAGGAUAAACAGAACAAGAAAGUUUAUUUUGAAAUAUAUAAUGUUUUAUAUGGUUUCUGUAAAAAAAAGAAAAAGAAAAAGAAAGAAAGAGAGACUUCCUGGUUUGUACGAUUCUAUUGCAGCCCUCAGCCUUUUCAAACAUCUUUCCCUUUUUCUGAACGUGGUCGAGGCAUUUUUCCUUGGCCGUGGGCAAGAAAGGGAGAGGAUCGUAAGACGUGUGAAACCCUUUGGAGUAACUCUAAAGCUGUGGCAAAUGCAAAUGCAAUUGGAUAGGCAGAGAAGCAGCUCAAGGUUAAGGAUGCACUCACACAAGGCUGCCGCUUGUCACAGAGUGAAGAGGGCCGUGCAGCCCUUCACCUGAAAAAGCUACACGAGAGAGCUAAGGGGAAAGAAAGCCCACCUGAACAGACUCACCAAAAGAAGCCCUCUAAAUAGCUUUCUUUUAAAUAGCACCAUACAGCAGCGUUCCUUAUACAGUGCUCUUUUAAGAUGACCAGCCAAAUUGUACCUUGUAAAAUCGAUCUGCUCAUGAAGCUUAUUAGACACCUUCUUCAGUAUAAUCUGGCAAAGGGGAGGAAAAAAAAUCAUAAAACGGUCAACGAACUCAGUCCAAAUUGCAUGCCACUUGCCCUAUAAAGAAAAAAAAAAGGAUAAUGUUACUAUUGUAUAUACUGUACAGUGUGAAAGACAGUAUGUUUCUUGAGUUAUCAUUCUGUUAACCAAAGCUGUAUAUUUUCCUAUCUCUUGCUAUUAGUCUUUAUUGGAUUUUGAAAGAGUUAUUGUUAUACCUGACAUCCAGAGAACACAUCAGCAGUUCUUAAAAUGCACUGUUUCUACUAGUUCUUCAUGCUUUUCCCUCCAUUUUAUUGCUGAAACUACAUGAAUUGUCGAGUUUAUUUUUACACAAUAAAAAAACAAUGAAAGACA